AUGAUUUUACUUAGAUUAAUCCGAAGAGCUGAUGUGUUGGUUAAACCUUUCUAAUUUAAUGUUCACAACAGAAAACGGACAUAAACUUUAAUAGGUUUGUAAUUAUGAAAUUUAGGGGGAAUUUUCUCGAUUCUACUAUUCGUGACCUAUAUAUUGUACGGAAUCAGCUUGUUUAAUCGAUAAGAAUUAAACUAGAACACAAUUUAUGCUGGCUCAUAGUCAGAUUUUUAAGAAGAUUACAGUUUAAAUCAAUCAAUAGUUAAAUUUGCUGUUGAAAUCUCUCCAAUCCAAAAGGAACCCUUUGAAAACUAUACAUACAUAUAACAGUAUUAAUUAUAUGGAAAUUUAGAUAUCUAAAUUUGGAAGUGUUUUAUAUUGAUUAAAGAAGAGUUAGUGAAGUUGUUGGAUACAAAAGGAAUUAGACAAAACUCACAAUGAAGAAAUGUGAAAAGACUUAUAUUAAUGAAUUCAAUUUUUAAAAUGCCACUUUGACAGAUAGUUAAAAGGAACAGCUUCUCUGCUUUGAAGGACAAUUUAAUAUAUCUGGAUAAUUUUAUGAUCCAGUUUUUCAAUAUGUAAAAAUUCAACUCAAUAUUUGUGAUAAUCAUACAAAUCCUGAUUGCAAAUCAAUUUAGGAAAUUGAAAAAUUUAUUAGUCAAGGGUAGUAUUACAUUUUUAAAAAUUAGUAUCAAUAUAGAUCUCUUUAUCAAGGGAGACAGGAUAAAGAAAGCCCUGAAUAUGAGUGCUCCUGCUGAGACAUAUCCAAAAAACUUGUUUUGGAGAUUGACAACAGGAGUGGCAAAUAAUGAAGAUAUUUAUAUGGCACCUAUCUCUUUAGAUAUAAGUAUUACGUUUAUAUAAGUAAGAAAAAAAUAGUUUAUUCGCAAAAUUAACAACUUAAGGAUCCAAUUAGAACAUUUUUAAGUCUGCAGCAAUUUUUAAAUCCGAAAGAAGAUAGGAAUCUAUUAAUUUAUCUCAUGGAGCCUUGAUGAAUUCCUUUUAUCUAAGGGCUGGAUCUGAAAGCUUUUAUUAUUUUUCUUACUAAUAGGAUUGGUUGGUUAUCUUAUUAUCAUCAAUUUCAGAAACUACCUCAUUAAUAGUUACAUUCUUAAGGAUCCUUUAAUUCUUUUAUGGAUUUUAUAAUAAGCAUAAGACAUUUGAGACUUUAAUGAACAAUGUGUUCAAAUUUGAUAUCACUAAAAACACACGUUCUGACUUUGAAGAAAAUAUGCAAAGUAGUGGAAUGCAUAUUGAUCCUUAACAAAACGUAUUAAUAAAAAAGUAGAAAUUAGAAAAAGUAAAUCUAAUAUUAAAAUUAGAUUAUUAAUUUUACUAUAUCGUAUCCAAUGUGGAGAUACAUACUAUAUAAAUUAUCAAAAUUAUUUUUGUGUUUAAAACAAAGAUUCAAUUUAUGUUAGAUUGCAUAAGAGGAAAUGAUUACAAUCUCAUAAUUGGCCAAAAAUAAAAUAUAAAAUGAUCUAGAUUUAACUAAUAUUCUCAAAAAGCUAUAUGAAAUCGAUUGCAUUAAGCUCCUAUUAUUUGAUGAUGAUCAAUUGCUAAUAUUCAAUAGUUUUAGCUCUCCUGUAUUUGAGGAUAACAUGGUCUAACAACAGCACUUUUAAGAAAUCGUUAAGCUGCAAGGAUAUCGCCGUUCCUUAAGAACGUAAACUUUUAGUAAAGUAGAUUUUAAAUUUGUUAAUUCAUAAAGUAUUCUCAUUAAUUAUUUAGAACUACCAUUUACUUAAAAGUUAAAGAAACUUUCAAGAUUCUUUAGUGCCUAGAUGUUACCAAACAAUGCGGAAGAAUUGACAAACAUUUUUAGAAAAAUUUUAGAAGAUCAAAAUGUCAAUUUUAAAAAGAAUCAGAAAUUACUAAAAUUUGCUCAAUCUAAUUAUUCAUUGUAUAAAUUAGUACAACAGUAUUGUUCUGCAAGUGCAAAUGUCACUAUUGAGAGGAAAACAAAUGAAGCUCUUUCUUUAGAAGGCGAAGACAGACAUAAUGUCUAGAAUCUAUAGGUACAUAUGAGAACUUUAAAUAAGUGA